AUGCCUCUGUCCCCCGCUCUUCUGCUGCUCUUGGGCUUGAGCGCCCCCGGCGGCUGGGGCUGCCUGCAGUGUGACCACACGGUGCAGGAGGCCCUGAGUCAGCUGCGAAUCGCCCUCGUCCCCAGGCGCUUCAACCUUGAGCAGCUGCAGGCCCGCGCUCAGGUCCUGCUGCUGGGCAUGGAGGGGCCUUUCUUCCGGGACUAUGCGCUGAACGCGUUUGUGGGGAAAGUGGGGUUGGAGAAACUGGACGCUGUGGCAUCCUUUAUCAAGAACCAAACACAACACCUAAUGGUUGAUUCUCUGAGAGAUGAGCCUCUGCUGGAAGAGCUGGUGACUCUAAGGAAGAAAGUGACCGAGGAACUCAAGAAAGCAUUAAGAUCAUAUGAAUUGAAAGCCUGUGAUUCCAAAAUUUGCCGAUCACUAAGAGAAGAGGUCUUGGACUGUUUACAUUGCCAGAGGAGCAGUCCCAAAUGUAUCCAAAAAAAAUACUGCUUUGCUCUUUGGACUCUUGCCUGGACCUUUUUCCCAGGGGUGCAUGCCCAGGACCCAGCAAUGACCACUGAUACCCUGAUGGCUAAGGGCCAGGACUCAGUGACCUUCAAGGAUGUGGCCGUGGACUUCACCCUGGAGGAGUGGGGCUGGUUGGGGCCCAGCCAGAGGGAGCUGUACUGGGACGUGAUGCUGGAGAACUAUCAGAACCUUCUUUCACUGGGGGUAGGCCUUCCCGGGUCCAAACCCGAUGUGAUCUCCUGUCUGGAGCGAGGGGAAGAGCCAAAGAUGGAGGAGAGAGAAGCCCAGCGAGUUACCUGUCCAGACUUGGAGACAAGCUCUGUAACUACUCAGGAGACACCUCCAAGAAAGAGCAUUUCUGAAGAGUCAUAUUCUCUGUUGGAAGGAAUUUUGAGGGCUGUGCUUGGAGAUGCCACGUUGGGAGAACCCCAGGCAUGUCGACAUCCAUUGGAGGACCCAGGAAAGGAGGCGAGGCAUUUGAAGUGUUUAUUUGCUACUCCUAAGGGAGACACCUCUGAGGAGCAAGGCCUCAGAUAUACUGAGCUCAGGAGGGCCUCAGCCCUCAUUAGGAAGCAAAGAGUGCCUGGUGGAGAGAGGCCCCCGAAGUGGAGCAGGCCACAAAAGAGCUUGAAAUACCAAAGGACCUUCAUGGAGAAGAAACUAUUUAACUGCAUAGAAUGUGGGAAAACCUUCAUUUACCAUUUAGACUAUAUUCUGCAUCAGCGAAUUCACACUGGAGAGAAACCCUACAAGUGCGACGAAUGUGGAAAAGCAUUCAGCAACAGCUCAUAUUUCAUUCAGCACCACAUCAUUCACACAGGAGAGAAACCUUAUGCCUGCCAUGAAUGCAGCAAGACCUUUACUCAGAGCUCAUCACUUACUGAACAUCAGAGGAUCCAUACCGGAGAGAAACCCUACAAAUGCAAGGAAUGUGGGAAGGCCUUCACCCAGAGCUCGUCCCUCAUUAAACACCAGCAAUGCCACACUGGGGAGAAACCCUAUAAAUGUGACCAGUGUGGGAAGUUCUAUUCACAGGUCUCUCAUCUCACCCGCCACCAGAAAAUCCACACAGGGGAAAAGCCCUACAAAUGCAGUGAGUGUGGCAAGGCCUUCUGUCACACUUCCUCCCUGACCCAACACCAGACUAUCCACACGGGGGAGAAACCCUACAAAUGUAAUGAGUGUGGGAAAACCUUCAGCCAUAGCUCAUCCCUGACACAGCACCAGCGAAUCCACACUGGAGAAAAACCCUAUGAGUGUGCUGAGUGUGGCAAAGCCUUCAGCCACAGCUCUUCCCUGACACAGCAUCAGAGAAUUCACACUGGUGAGAAGCCUUAUGAGUGUCACGAGUGUGGGAAGGCUUAUACACAGAUUUCCCACCUCAUGAGGCACCAGAGCAUGCACAUUGGGGAAAAGCCCUAUAUAUGCAAUGAGUGUGGAAAGGCAUUUAGUCACACCUCCUCCUUUACUCAACACCAGACAAUCCACACCGGUGAGAAGCCCUACAAAUGUACUGAGUGUGGGAAAACCUUCAGCCAGAACUCUUCCCUCACACGCCACGAGAGGAUUCACACUGGGGAGAAACCCUAUGAAUGUAAAGUUUGUGGGAAGGCCUGUACCCAGAUCUCCCACCUUAUUCAACACCAGAGUAUUCACACUGGAGAGAAACCCUAUGAGUGCAGCAAGUGUGGGAAAGCCUUCAGCCGGAGCACUCACCUCAUGGAGCACCAGAAGAUCCACACUGGUGAGAAACCCUAUAAGUGUAAGGAGUGUGGAAAAACCUUCAGUCACAACUCAUCCCUCACUCAACAUCAGAGAAUUCACACAGGUGAGAAACCCUAUGCCUGUAAGGAAUGUGGGAAAGCCUUCACUCAGAGCAUCCACUUGAUUCAGCAUCAAAGGAUUCACACUGGAGAGAAGCCCUACAAAUGUAACAAGUGUGGGAAAACCUAUACCCAGAUCUCACACCUUCUUCAACAUCAGAAAGUCCAUACUUGUGGCAAACGCUAUGCAUGUAAAGAAUGUGGAGAGGGUUUCAGCUGGAUUUCAUACCUUGCUGAACAUCAGAGACUUCACACUGGGAAGAACACUUACAUCUGUGAUGAUUUUGAGAAAGCCUUUGUUUGGGGCACACGACUUGUUGAUUAUCAGAGAACUCAUGCUGACUAGACAACCUAAGCAUGCAACAAACUGGCAGCUGUGCUGUGAGGCUCAGCCCAACCUUCAUCAACAUGUACCUAGGCCAGGGUGGGCCCGUGGCUCACUUGGGAGAGUGUGGUGCUGAUAACACCAAGGCCCCAGGUUCGGAUCCCAUAUAGGGAUGGCCAGUUAGCUCACUGGGAGAGCGUGGUGCUGACAACACCAAGUCAAGGGUUAAGAUCCCCUUACU